CUCCUCUCUUCUCUCUUUCUCAUAGCCGAAAACUCAACCCCUCUUCUCUUUGUUUAGUGAAUUUCAGCGGAAAAAACCCUAAUUUGAUUAUAUAUAAUAGCUAAAUAUUCUCGUAAAAAGGCUUGAGUUUGAUUAAUUUUCAUGUAAAAAGUGAGAAGAGAGGGGUUUAAUGGGUGAGGCUACAGCUACAAUGAAUCAGAUGGAGGAAAAUUUGGGUACACAGAUAUCUGGGCUUGUCGGGUCGGAGCCGGGUACGGAUACGUCGUCGCUGUUUCACCGGAGGAUUGAGUUUCAUUUGGCGAGAAAGCCUUUUAGUGGGUUUAUAAAUAAUGGUGGGUUUCAGCUGGAAACGCUGAACCCGAACUCAGAGAAAACGGGUAAAGAUAACGGGUUGGUUGUUGGGGGCGGGAAAAAGGUCGGUGAUGCUCAGAUGGAAAGUAAUGGGUUGGAUCCAGAAGUGAGCUUCGGUAUUGCCUUCAGAAAGAUUAUGAGAAUUGGAGCGGGCUUGCAAAAUCUGGGGAACACCUGCUUCCUCAAUUCUGUAUUACAGUGCCUGACAUACACUGAGCCUUUGGCAGCAUACUUGGAAAGUGGGAAGCAUCAAAAUUCCUGUCGUAUGGCUGGGUUUUGUGCUCUAUGUGCCAUCCAAAAACACGUGAGUCGUGCUUUGCAAGCAACUGGGAAAAUACUGGCACCCAAGGAUCUUGUGUCAAACUUGCGAUGCAUAUCACGGAAUUUUCGAAAUGCUAGACAGGAGGAUGCACAUGAAUAUAUGGUGAAUCUGCUUGAGUCAAUGCAUAAAUGUUGCUUACCUUCAGGAGUGCCAAGUGAAUCUCCCAGUGCUUAUGACAAAAGUUUGGUCCAUAAGAUAUUUGGUGGGCGCCUUCGCAGUCAGGUGCAGUGCAUGCAGUGUAACUUUUGCUCCGACAAGUUUGAUCCGUUUCUGGAUUUAAGUCUAGAAAUUUUAAAGGCAGAUUCACUACAGAGAGCACUUCAGCAUUUCACUGCCCGAGAGCUAUUAGAUGGUGGUCAGAGGCAGUACCAAUGUCAGCAGUGCAAACAGAAAGUGAAGGCUACCAAGCGGCUAACAAUUGACAAGGCACCUCAUGUCCUAACCAUCCACUUGAAGCGAUUUGGUUCACAUGUCCCUGGGCAAAAGAUCGAUAAAAAGAUUCACUAUGGGCCUACUUUAGACUUGAAGCAUUUUGUAUCUGAUACCUAUGGUGGUGAAUCGAAGUACACUCUCUAUGGUGUGCUGGUUCAUGCAGGUUGGAGCACCCAUUCUGGUCAUUAUUAUUGCUUUGUUCGCACUUCAAGUGGAAAUUGGUACUCCCUUGAUGACAAUCAGGUUGUUCAAGUGAGUGAGAGAAAGGUGUUGGAGCAGAAGGCAUACAUGUUGUUCUAUGUUCGGGAUAGGAAAUCUCCUGUGCCUAAGAAGUCUGUGGAUGUUGCCCGCAAUGACAGUGUGACUACUAAUGGCAUAGGAAACAAAAUGUACUCUAAUCACAGCCAGAGAUUUAAGGAUACUGUUCAAAAUGGAAUUCAUGUGAAGAAUGUGGAUUCCUUUUCUGGCGCAAAAGAUCAAAGGGAAACAUUAAGUUCUGAAGUUUCAAAGGAAACUUCGACAAAGGGUCUGGCACCCCCAAAGGUUAAUGGUGUAGUAACUAAUGGAUCCUCUUCUCUUGGAGGGGCUGUACAGCAAGAAAAGUCGAAAGUGGAAGAAGCAGGUGAAAGAGCAAAUGAGUCAUCUGUUGGAGACACAAGGGGUGGACCAUGCUUGCUUAAAGCUAAUCCAAUUGCUCCAGUCUCCAAUGGAAUUCAUAGACUUGAAAACAAGGGGGAGACAAGAUGCGAAGACUCCAAUCCACUACCUAAUGGCAAUGUCAAGGAGUUAACCUGCUCUGCUGCAAUACCAUUUAGCUCUAGCACCGUAAACAAUGACAAAGAUCCAAGUCUCCACAAGCAAGAAGAGUGCAGCAAGGGAAACACCAACUCUCGAGUGGUGAAAGACAUCUCCAACGGUAGUUGUGGUGAUUCAGCUGUUAAUAAUGAUGUUGGACAGAGAAAAGCAGGUGCGAAAUCUGCCGGAGCACUGAGCCAACCAACUGUGGCUAGCUCGACCGAGAAGGAAGCUAUUGACAAAGCCUGCUUGAAAGCCAAAAAGAAGUCUUUCAAGAGUCGUGUUACCAAGAUGCAUCUCAGCUUUAUGAUCUUAGAUCCAGCCUUAGGACUGCAUAGGAAGAAGAAACACAAACGAAUGAAACAUAAAAUUGGAAAGAAAAAGCGCUGUGAUGCCAGUUCCUUGAAUGAGAAUAAUGCCUCCUCUGAUCUUGGGCCAUCUACAUCCGAGCUAUCCCAUACUUUGAUCUCUUCUCCAACGCAUUCUGAAAGAAAGAGAAAGAAGUCAAAAGUUAAUUCCAAUGAGAAACCUUAUAGUGCUGGACACAAUGGCGAUCUGCUGAGGAGUACAGUUGAUGUGAGGGUUUUGAACAAUGGCACUGUAUUAGCAAAUGACAAGCAACCACAAAAAAGUUCCAGCUCGGCCUCAGUAGGAAACCAAGGUAGUGACAUUAAACAGUUCACAGAUGCUAACAAGCAACCACAAAAAAGUUCCAGCUCGGCAUCAGUAGGAAACCAAGGUAGUGACAUUAAACAGUUCACAGAUGCUAAAGAGACCAAAGGAGUUACAACACAGAAAGGUCUGGUGAACAUGCUUACCAGGGGUUUAGAGUCAAGUGUUGCUCGUUGGGAUGACGUAGAAGUUCCUUCCUUGAAUGGUGUUGAAGCACAGAACGGAAAUUGUGUCAGCAUUGGGUACAUUGGGGAUGAAUGGGAUGAGGAAUAUGAUAGAGGGAAGAGGAAGAAGGUUAGGAACUCCAAAAUUGAAUUUGGUGGACCGAACCCUUUCCAAGAAAUUGCAAGCAAAAAGGCAAAGGUAAAGAAAGCGAGUCUUGGGCGAUCUAGCUCUGCAAACCAGCCUUUCAGGAUAUUAUAAUGAAUCUGGACUACAUAUUUUGACUUUAACCAAUUGAGAAACACAACUCGAGUUCCACAGGAGUGUCACUGAGAUGGUAACGGUUGUAUCCCCAGGCCCCAGCUUGGUCCAUAUUAGCUUUGGCUGCUAAACGUAUUUUUAGCCUGCUAUUAGAAGACUUGAGCAAGUGAUGUGUCUUAUUUCUUCUUUACCUUGUUUUUCACCAGUGUUUUGCCAUCAAUUUUGUUUUGUGAGAGGUCUUGAGAAAGAAUGUACCAGUGUGUGGACAUUGUGGAUCAUGAGUCAUUACUCAUUAAUGAAUAAGAUUCUGGCUUGAAAAUGUUUACCUG